GAAAAUUUGUAGCUUUUCUUCAUAAAAGCAGGUAAAAAGGACUCCAAAUGACCAGCAGAAAGAUAGCACGGGACUUGUUUAUCUCCAAACAACCUAUUUUCCGCCGUAUAUUAGCACCACAACAGGUGGUUUCUGGUAGAGUUGCAACAAAUUUGAGGUUGAUUGGAGCAGAUAGGCAUCUGGGUAUUCGUCAUUUUGGUGUAUUCAAUGAAUUCUCCAAGAAGAUUAAAGGCGAAGUAGACAGUAAUCAAGAAUUCCAACAGUCAGUUAAGGUGCUGAAGGAGAAAGCAGAGGAGUUGAAAGGGGUGAAAGACAAGGUGCUGAAGGAGAAAGCAGAGGAGUUGAAAGGAGUGAAAGAAGAUCUUAAAACAAGAACGAAGCAGACAACUGAGCAGCUUUACAAGCAUGUCGAUGGUGUUUGGACGGAAGCUGAAGCUACGGCAAAAAAGGUUUAUGCCAAUGUGGAGGAAACAAUAUCUGCUACUAAAGAGGAGGUCAGAGGAAGUUUUCGGAUGGGGAAGGAAGAAGCUCCAGGAUCAAGUAGUCAUUCAGAUACCUCUGGUUCAAAUACCAAAGAGAGUAGUGAGUCUGCAUCAGCAAAAACUCAACAGGAGCAGCAGCAGCAAUCUUCUUCCAGUGAUAAUGCAGAAACAGUUUUUAGCAAGUUUAAGUCUGCUGCUUCAUCUUUAUCAUGGAAAGUUUCACCAGCCUUCCAGAAAAUAAAAGAAGCAAAGCCUGUUGACUUAGCCAAGAGGGGGUAUGGCAUCAUAUUGGAGGAAUUGAAAGGUACUCCAGGUAAGAGAAAGCGCCUCGAACGUUCUGCUCCCACUUCAUCAAACUUUGAGAGGAGCACAAGGACUGAUGUUGCUGUCUUACCGUCAAAGCAAUCGAAAUGGAAUAAGAAAUGGGAGGCAUUCAAGGAUAAAAUGCAAGGUCACCCUGUUUUUAAGCGCUUCACUGGCAUGAGUGAACCUGUUGCAACAAAAAGCCAGGAGAUUGCAGAAGAUAUCCGUGAAAGAUGGGAAACGAGUGAUCAUCCCAUUGUUCAUAAAAUCCAAGAUAUAAAUGAAACUGUGUUUGGAGAAUCCUCAGCUGCAUUGUCAUUUAAAGAGAUUCGCCUCAGAGAUCCGUCAUUCUCUUUACCUGAAUUUGUGGCUGAGGUUCAAGAGGUGAUUCGACCAGUUCUUAAUGCUUUUUUCAAAGGAGAUAUGGAGGUAUUGAAGAAAUAUUGCAGCAAAGAGGUAAUUGAGCGGUGUAAAGCAGAGCAUCAAGCUUUUGAUAGCCAGGGUAUCAUUUUUGAUAACAAGAUUUUACAUAUUUCGGAAAUUGAAGUACGGGAGACAAAAAUGAUGGGAGACAGUCCCAUAAUCAUUUUGGCGUUCCAGACGCAACAGGUCUACUGCAUACGUGAUAAACUUGGUUCAAUUAAAGAAGGGGGAAAGGAUACAAUACACACUGUAUACUAUGCUUGGGCUAUGCAACUAGUAGAAGCAGAAGAACUCGGAGAAGGAGCGAUCUACCCUAUAUGGAAGCUUAGAGAGAUGCAGCAACUUGGUGUUGCAGCCCUUAUAUAAUCAACUUUUUGCUUCACCAUCGGGUGGAUAAUGUUGCUGCCCGUGCCUUGUUCAUGUUCUCGCACUUAUUUGUGCAGAAAAUUUUUGCAAUAAUUUUUUUUGCCUUUUCCCCAGUUGGAACCGAGGCUUGAUGUAUUCAAAAUUAAUGAGUAGUUAGGAGUUUUUUUCACCAUUCUUGUGAAUGUACUUGAGCAACCCCUGCACAUGGCACGAAGUUCCAACCAUGAACCCUGCAUAAAUAGAUUAUUCAUGUUAGUUAUGCAGAACCACAUUUGUUACGAUUUAAGUUAUAUGGACAGACUGUAAACGUUUAUUACAAUACCAGCUUUACUUGGUUUACAAUUAAUAUGCAUCAUAGAGAUUUACCAGUAA